UGAAGUGUCGCAAAGCAGAAAGAAGGCGGGAGUCCCGAUUGCAAACAUUGAGGACGCCCAGGCGGUAGAGGCCGCUAUGGCGAGUCCUCCGUGGGCCGAGAUUCGUGAGAAAUUCCAGGCCGCGCUGGCUCUGUCGCGGGUGGAAUUGCAUAAAAACCCCGAGAAAGAACCCUAUAAGUCCAAGUACGGCGCCCGAGCGCUGCUGGAAGAGGUCAAGGCGCUGUUGGGCCCCGCGCCUGAGGACGAGGAUGAGCGGCCUCAGGCGGAGGAGGGCUUGGGCGCGGGGGACCACGCCCUGGGGCCGCCGGCCGAAGUGGUGGAAGCCGAGGGGCCCAUCGCCCAGGGAGCAGUGAGGCUGGCGGUGAUCGAGUUCCACCUCGGUGUGAACCACAUCGACACCGAGGAGCUGUCGGCGGGGGAGGAGCAUCUGGUGAAAUGCCUGAGGCUGCUGCGCAAGUACCGGCUGUCGCAGGACUGCGUCUCCCUCUACAUCCAGGCGCAGAAUAACCUGGGUAUCCUGUGGUCUGAAAGAGAAGAAAUUGAAACUGCACAGGCUUACCUAGAAUCAUCAGAAGCACUGUAUAACCAGUAUAUGAAAGAGAUUGGGAGUCCUCCUCUUGAUCCUACUGAGCAUUUUCUUCCUGAAGAAGAGAAACUUACUGAACAAGAGAGAUCAAAAAGAUUUGAGAAGGUUUAUACUCAUAACCUCUAUUACCUGGCUCAAGUCUACCAGCAUAUGGAAAUGUUUGAGAAGGCUGCUCAUUAUUGUCACAGUACCCUAAAACGGCAGCUUGAACACAACGCCUACCAUCCUAUAGAGUGGGCUAUUAAUGCUGCUACCUUGUCGCAAUUUUACAUCAAUAAGCUAUGUUUUAUGGAGGCCAGGCACUGUUUAUCUGCUGCUAAUGUCAUUUUUGGUCAAACUGGAAAGAUCUCAACAACAGAAGACAGUACUACUGAAGCUGAGGGAGAUGUGCCAGAGCUUUAUCAUCAAAGAAAAGGAGAAAUAGCAAGAUGCUGGAUCAAGUAUUGUUUGACUCUCCUGCAGAACGCCCAGCUUUCCAUGCAGGACAACAUAGGAGAGCUUGAUCUUGAUAAACAAUCUGAACUUAGAGCUUUAAGGAAAAAAGAAUUAGAUGAGGAAGAAAGGAUGAGGAAGAAAGCUGUACAGUUUGGAGCUGGUGAGCUGUGUGACGUCAUCUCUGCGGUGGAAGAGAAAGUGAGCUAUCUGAGACCUUUAGAUUUUGAAGAAGCCAGAGAACUGUUCUUACUGGGUCAACACUAUGUCUUUGAGGCAAAAGAGUUCUUUCAGAUUGAUGGUUAUGUCACUGACCAUAUCGAAGUGGUCCAAGACCACAGUGCUCUGUUUAAGGUACUUGCCUUCUUUGAAACCGAUAUGGAGAGACGGUGCAAGAUGCAUAAACGGAGAAUAGCCAUGCUAGAGCCCCUCAUUGUGGACCUGAAUCCACAGUAUUACCUGUUGGUCAACAGGCAGAUUCAGUUUGAGAUUGCACAUGCGUACUAUGAUAUGAUGGAUUUGAAGGUUGCCAUUGCUGACAAGCUGAGGGACCCCGAUUCACACAUUGUAAAAAAAAUAAAUAAUCUCAAUAAGUCAGCACUGAAAUACUACCAGCUCUUCUUAGACUCCCUGAGAGACCCAAAUAAAGUCUUUCCUGAGCAUAUAGGGGAAGAUGUUCUUCGCCCUGCCAUGUUAGCUAAAUUUCGAGUUGCCCGUCUCUAUGGCAAAAUCAUCACUGCAGAUCCCAAGAAAGAGCUAGAAAAUUUGGCAACAUCAUUGGAACAUUACAAAUUUAUUGUUGAUUACUGUGAAAAGCACCCUGAGGCUGCCCAGGAAAUAGAAGUUGAGUUAGAACUUAGUAAAGAGAUGGUGAGUCUUCUUCCAACAAAAAUGGAGAGAUUCAGAACCAAGAUGGCCUUGACUUAAUAAUCCUUGUUUUUAAUGAAAGAAAAUGUGCAAUAUCGAAGAGAGUUUUUCCCCUUAGUCAAACAAGCCCCAUUCCAUUGUGAUGAUUACCUUUCUAGCCAGAUGAGUGCAGUUUGAACUUGACAUAACAGACCAAUUGUCUUUGCUAGGACCUUAAUCAACAUAAAGAUAAUUUAUACCUAAUUAUGUAAAUUGCCUUGUUAAGGUGACAUGUGAUUGGUAUGUUAGAUUGCUUGUUUCCUAUUUAAGUAGAAACCUUUCCUGCCUCAGUUUCUAAAGGUAGGUUCUUUGUUGGCUAGUACUUGAUAGAUUUGUUAAGAGGAACGAUUCUGGAGUUACAUACCUGGUAGUCAAGCCUGUUAAUUGAAAAGUAACUUCCUGUAGUUAUUCUUCCCAAAAUAUUUACUUUCCUAUUUCCCAGAGAAAUGGCUCCUUUUCUGAAAACAUCAAAAAACUAAGCUAUGUUGUUGUAAAGUACUGUAAAGUAGUUUGUCUCAUUUAUAGAGGAAAAGGCCUUGUUGGAAAUAAAUUGACUUGUUUCACUAAUAAAAGGUUCCAUUUACUCUUUUGUUUUCUUGUAAGAAUCAGUUUUAUUUUUGACACUUCGAAGGUAUUGCUCAACUUGAAGCCAGAGAAUUUUUCUUUGGCACCAUCGCGCAGUUAGAAAACGUUAAAACCUCAUUCGCUGAAGAAGUAUUUGAGAUAGUUUCUGUGCCAGAAGAAUCUUAUUGGCUGAGUUUCUUAUAAGAGCAUUUUGGUAUAUCUAUAAACCUUCAAGCACUGUUGAAAAAGGACAUGUACUUCAAAAUAACAUUGUUGAUAUAUGUUAGUCAUUUCAAGAAAUGAAGAAUUGAAAUGGAGUCCCUAUGAAGCACAAAAUCAAGAUCAUUUGUGAGAUUUGAUACAGAGAAUAGCUCUGUAUGUUGGCUUGCCUAUUAAUUUGCUUCACAAAGCCUAGGACUCAGUCAACUCUAAGAUUCUGAAACAUAUAGGUGUGAUAAACACCUUGCUUUUCCUCUGAGAUCAAUUUUUCAGGAAAAAAAAUCUGAGCAUAACAGCCAUGUAUAACUCACUCAGUAUUUAAUAUUAUUAAAUGUCGACUGUGGGUCAGGUACUGUGUUCUCACUUUUCUAAGUAUAAAGGAUACUGUGAUGAGCAAGAUCAACAAGGUCCUGCCCUCAUGGAGCAAGUGAACAAAUGAGCAAAGUGAUUUCAGGUCAUGAGUGCUAUUAAGGAAGGAACCAGAGUGAUACGGUAAACAUUUAAUAGGAAGGGGUGCCUAAUUUAGCUAUAGUGAUCUGGAGAGGUCUCUGAAAAUGUAGAAGGUGACACUGAGAACUAAAUGGGGGGAAAAAGGCAGUAAAGAUUCUGUGGUAGAGUAUUCCAGAGUGUGCUAGGCACUCAGGCUGGAACAAGUUGAGGAAGGAAUUUGGCAUUUAAGAGAUAGGAAAGGCCAGUGUGGUUGCAGCAGGUGAGGGUUGUGGAAUGGGAUGGAGUCAGGCAGGGAUAGAGAGUCCAGAUGGAGAAGGUUUUGUAGAGGAGGAGGAGGAGUUUGAAUUUUACUCUAGGUACAGUGGGAAACUUUGUAGAAUUUUAAAAGGAGAGUGGCAUGAUCUGAUGGCAUUUCUAAGAAAUCACUCUGGCUUCUAGAGGAAGAAUAAAUUGGAGGGGGAGGGGCAGGCACCAGAUGGGUAGGAACAGGGACACAAGCAGGGUUCCAUUAAGAUUAAUCCGAGUGGUUUGGACUAGAGUGAUAGAGUAGGGAUGGAGAGGAGUGGACAAAUUCAGUAUGCAAUUUGCAAAUAGAAUGACAGGACAUGCUAAAGGAUUAAAUGGAAGACAUGAAAGGAAAAGAAAAAUCAGGAACCAUAUUAAGUUGGAGUGUGCAGGGGAAACGUGUGGUUGUGAGGGAAUGAAGGGUUAGAAUUAAGAGUUCUGUUUAGGUUAUACUGUGUUUAGGAUGUUAAGAUACUUGAGAUGAAAUGAUUGCUAAUAAGUCCCCUAAUCUGGCUCUAAAAGGAAAGUGAAGAGGAUCAAGAUGGGAGGGAAGGUUCAUGGGGAUAGUGAUAACGACUCUGCGUCUCGGCUACUCUUAUUUCUUCAACUCUUUCAAAAACUGAUUCUAGAACAAAUCCCCUUGUUACAAGCCUUUCUUGAUAUAGCCAUUUUGCUACCAACCGAUUCAAUUUCAUAACUUCAUUUAUCUAGUCAUUCGCUAUUCAUUUUUUUUUUUUAAAGAUUUUAUUUAUUUAGUUGAGAGAGAGUGAGUGAGCACAAGCAGGGGGAGUGGCAGAGGGAGAGGGAGAAGCAUGCUCCCCACUGAGGAAGGAGCCCGAUGCAGGGCUCCAUCCCAGGACUCUGAGAUCAUGACCUGAGCCAAAGGCAGACGCUUACUCGACUGAGCCACCCAGGCGCCCUGUGGGGUUUUUUGAUAAAGAAGUCCUUUGCAAUUGUCUUUUCAGUCUUGCUAGCUUUAGACAACUAAUAAGAUAAAGGCAUCGUUUAUUCAUUCCCUUGUUCAAUAAGUGUGUACUGAAUGCCUGCUAUAAGAAGCCUGCGCAUUACCUGUUAAUCCUGAACAGUCAUCUGAGAAGAACACUGAAAUUUAUAUAUGAAUUUUAGGGUUUUCCUAACAGUGUAGGUUAUGUUUUAGGGAAAUCCUACUUAUUAAGCACAGGUGUUUUUUUUAAUUCCAGUAUUUUUUUUUUUUUUAGAUUUUUAUUUAUUUAUUUGACAGACAGACACAGCGAGAGCAGGAACACAAGCAAGGGGAGUGGGAGAGGGAGAAGCAGGCUUCCUGCCGAGCAGGGAGCCCGAUGCGGGGCUCGAUCCCAGGACCCUGAGUUCAUGACCUGAGCCGAAGGCAGUCGCUUAACCAACUGAGCCACCUAGGCGCCCCUUCUUUUCUGUUUUUGAUUAGAAAAUAGACCUGCCCACAUUUCAGAGAUUUAUUUAAUUAUUUAAGUAAGCUCUACACCCAGAGUGGGGCUUGAACUCCACAACCCCGAGAUCGAGUCGCAUGGCCUACCAACGGAGCCAGCUGGGCACCCCAACCUGUCCACACUCCACAUGCCGUUUGUUUUGGACAAUUAAAUUUCUUCUUAUACUCAGGGGUUGGCAAACUUUCUGUAAAGGGCCAGACGGUAAAUAUUUUAGACUUUUUGGGCCAUAGGGUCUAUUGCAACUACUCAAUCCUGCUGUAGACAAUACAUAAAUGAAUAAAUAUAGCUGUGGUCGAGUAAAACCUUAGGCAGGAAAACAGGUGGCAGCCGGAUGGGCAUAGUUUGCUAACUCUUGCUUUUACUGGUUUACUUUUGGAGUUUCUUCGUACCUUAUAUAUAACAUACCUAUAAAAGCUAGUGUUACUGAGCACUAUCUGAUCUAUUCCAGGCACUCUACUAAGUACUUUACAUACAUGUACAAUAUGUACAUACAUACAUAAUUGCCUCAAAAAUUUUAUGACAUGUAUACAAUUACCCCCCUUUUACAGAAUGUGAAACAGCCUUAGAGCUUCGGUGACUUACCCAAGGUCACACGGCUUGUAAGGGGCAGAGCUAUUAUUUGAACUAAGGUCAAUAUUCACAUCUUCUACAAAGUUCACAAGUGGCUAGUUCUAUGAGUUUUAGUUUUUUUUUUUUUUUUUAGAUUAUUUAUUUGACAGACACAGCGAGAGAGGGAACACAAGCAGGGGGAGUGGGAGAGGGAGAAGCAGGCUUCCCGUGGAGCAGGGAGCCCGAUGCAGGGUUCAAUCCCAGGACCCCGGGAUCAUGACCUGAGCCGAAGGCAGAUGCUUAACGACUGAGCCACCCAGGCACCCCUAUCAGUUUUAGUUUCAAUGGACAACUACACUUCAAGUAAAACUGCUGACAAGCCAUUAAGUUAGCCAGAUUAACCAAAAAUCACAUAUUGUCCAAACCAUAGUUAUAUCUAUAUAGAUUUUUUUUUUUUAAAGAUUUUAUUUAUUUAUUUGAGACAGAGAGAAUGAGAGACAGAGAGCAUGAGAAGGAGGAAGGUCAGAGGGAGAAGCAGACUCCCUGCUGAGCAGGGAGCCCGAUGCGGGACUAUCUAUAUAGAUUUUUAAGAUUAUUUUGUAGCAAAGUAGCUGUUGCAGUAUUUCCAAACUUUUCAUAGCUACCCGCAUUGCAUGUCUGCUUUCAAUUAUCACAAUCAGUUACUAGUUAGGAGAUAUGAAGAGAGAAAACUCAAAUAUGUCCGGGCAACCAUAUUUUCUAAAUGGCCCAGUAGGUAUAGAUGUACUCAUGUAUAAGAGGCCAUACGUAAAUGGGCCUUUAGUCAUUUUGUACUCUAGAGCCAUGUAAUCUUCUUAGGGAGGAAAAAAAAUAAUAAUUGGAGGCCAUAAUAUCCAUUCAAAUUGUUUUUAUCAUGACUUUUUAUUAUUAUUAGACCUUGAGAAAAUCUAGAAUGGGAAAAAAUUCAAGAAGGCAGCCAGGAACUAUGUGUCAAGGAGGAAUCCCAGAAAAAGUACAGUUCUCAUAAACUCUCACCCAGAUAACCCAUACAACCCAUGUUAUCCAACCAGACUCUAAGCCAGUAACUUCUUUCUCAGAAAGGCCAUGACCUAAUACUAAUAUUUCAUCCACAGGAAGUGACAGGAAGGCCUUGAACAUGCCCUGUAUGAAAACAGGGUUCAAAAUUAUCGUUAAGAAAACCAAAAAAACAGGGUGCCUGGCUGACUCAGCUGGUGGAGCAUGUGACUCUUGAUCUCGGGGUUGUAGGUUCAAGCUCCACGUUGGGUGUAGAGAUUACUUAAAAAUAAAAUCUUUAACGGGCCCUGGGUGGCUCAAUCGGUUGAGCAUCUGACUCUUGGUUUUCGGCUCAGGUCAUGAUCUCAGGGUCGUAAGAUCGAGCCCCACGUUGGGUUAUGCACUGGGCGUGGAGCCUGCUUGGGAUUCUUUCUCUCUCUCUCCUUCCCCCACAGCCCCUCCCCCCACUUGUGUGUGCAUGCUUGCCCCCCACCAAAUAAAUAAGUAAAUAAAUAAAUAAAAUCUUUAAAAAAAGAAAAAAAACCCCCAAAGAACCUGCUGGAUGAUAAUGAGUUUCUGAGUGUGACAUGACCCACGCAGCCGCAUACCAGCUAUCGGCAGGGAGCUCUCCCCACCCCCCCCUUCUCCCCCCCUGCCUCCCCUCCCCGCUUCCUUCUGCAUUAUCUCUCUCACUCUCUCUCCACUGGUUAUCUUAAUCACUUUGCCUUUCCUGUUAGCACCCUCAGUCAGGUUUGGUUAUCAAGAGACUCAUCACUCUUGAAAGUCAUCUAUUACCUCAUUUGGAUGAUUUUUAUGCUUUUAAUUUUCAGCCAAAACCUAUUGCUUGGACCCUGAGAAAAUGGUGCGAUCAUGUAAGAAAUUGUAAAGAGAACAGGAUAAUCUCAAUCUGCUCUACUGAUUGUGUACAACUAUGAGAUGGCUUUCUGUUAGGAACUUAUUGUCCUUUUAGACUCAAGAGUUUUGAACUCUGCUUCUGAGUAUUUAAUCCUUCAUUUAUGUUUUUCUGUGCACGGAGACCAUAAAAUCUCCUUACGUUUCAUGGAGAGAUGAUUCUCAGGCUCCUCUGGAAGAACAGCUUAAGUUUCACUCGUCGAGGAGGUGCCAGAGUGUUCUAACUUGUAAUGAAUGGGCCUGCUUUUACCUCCUUAAUUUGAACAUAAUGUGCAUAUCUUACCACGUCAAGUCAACAGAGCCUGUAUGCCAAACAAGGAAGGCAUGUUUGGAAUGAUCUGACCCGAUAUAUGAUUGUGCAUUAUAAAUGUCACUUUGGGAGUCCUUGGGGGGCUUCAAGAGCUAGGCAGACGCCCACCAGGGCAGCUGAUAAGGUAGGAGAGGCUUGGGUGACACUGUUCAGCAGAGAUGGGACUAAGGUGCCGGAGACCAAAUCACUAGGUUUCAAAUACGAGCUCCAAAUAUUGCUAAUUAACCUGCUUCUCACAUGGGCUGCUGUGUUGUUCCAGGGUCAGCAGCAGGAAUUUAUUACUUAAUAGUAGUUAAUGACUGUUGGAUAAUUGGGAUAAUUAUACUUAAGAUCAUAGGUUGUAUUAGCACAAGCUAUAGGGCAGUGUUUCCUAAAGUCCCAGGACCACCUGCAUCAGAAUCAUUUAUAGGUACUUAGUUAAAAUGCAGAUUCCCAGGCAUGGCCCAGAACUAAUCAGAAACUCUGGGGGUGGGAUCCAGGAAUCUACAUUUUAGUAGAACCCCAGGUGAUUCUUAUGUGCAGUAAAUACAAGAACCCCUGCUCUUAGACUUAAGAGAGGGAGGGUAGAGCUAGAGUGUACUGGAGCAGCUUUUCAGAGAGAAGCAUCCAGAACCAGAAAAUUACUCUGUGCCUUUGGUUCCCAAGGAGAACCUGGCCUGGGGACAGAGGGACAAAAUGAGCAUUCCCGGCAGUUUUAGGUGGCCAAGAAGCUGCAACUGUCUCUUCCAACUUCCCUAAGCACCUCCCUGCACUGGCAGAAUUCUGUUGGGUGCAUGCCAGUGAGGCGCUGAGACUGGUAACCACAGCUGGAGGUCUCUCAGGGCCCGAGGGGAAGCCUCCUGGUUGAGAGGGACUUUCUAAUGACCCCUCAGGAAUAUUCUAGAAUGCCUCAAGGGAGGCGAGAAAAAGGAAGGGUGGUUUGCCAAGCAGCAGUUCUUGGAAGAUUUGGAUGGAAAUACCCAAAUCGUUUUCCCUGUGGCGUGGUAAUAGCUACUCUGAAUAUAGAUAGAGCCAGGACCGUCUCUCAGGAAAUGGGCAAGUUUAGGGUGAAACAAAUACAAGGGUUUCUUCGCUCUCACACCCUAAGAAAGACUGGCGACUGCUGGUUAAAAGAAAAAUGGAGUGCCUGCUUAUGAAGAUGGAAUCCUUUCUCCAAUAGUAGACAGUGAGGCCCUUCCCUCAGGAAACCCACAACUUGCAGAAUGGAGACAGCCAUCUCCACCAGGAGUAAACUCCAACUCCAGAAACCACUUUGUUUGCUGACCUAUAAGAAACAACUCCUCAGCUGUUCAAGUUUGAUGAUGAGAUUGCAGCCAUGCAGCCCCAGCUCCAGGCUCUACUUCUAGUUCUCUUGCUGUUUCCAGCACAUCUGCUGUUACUUCCUCCACGGAAGUCUCCAACCCCACGAAGUCAUCCAUGAGGGCUGGAAUCAACUUAUUCCACACACCUGUUCAUGUUGAUAUUUUACCGUUUCCCAUGAAUCAUGAGUGUUCUUUCUUAUUUUUAAGAUUUUUUUAUUUUUAAGGAAUCUCUACACCCAACAUGGGGCUCAAACUUACAACCCUGAGGUCAAAAGUCACAUGCUCUACCGACUGAGCCCAGCCAGUUCUUAAUCACGAAUGUUCUUUUUUUUUUUUUAAAGAUUUUAUUCAUUUAUUUGAGAGAGAGCACAAGAUGGGGGAGGGUCAGAGGGAGAAGCAGACUCUGCUGAGCAGGGAGCCCGAUGCGGGACUCGAUCCCAGGACUCCAGGAUCAUAACCUGAGCCGAAGGCAGCCGCUUAACCGACUGAGCCACCCAGGUGCCCCAAUCACGAAUGUUCUUAAUAACAUCUAGAAUGGCGAAUCCUUUCCAGUAGUUUUCAAUUUACUUUGCCCAGAUCCAUCAGAGGAAUCACCAUCUAUGGCAGCUAUAGCCUUAAGAAAUGUAUUUUUUUUUUUUUAAGAUUUCAUUUAUUUGAGAGAGAGAGGGAGGAGGGGGAGAGGGAGAAGCAGAUUCCCUGCUGAGCAGAGAGCCCAAUGUGGGAUUCUAUCGCAGGACCCUGGGAUCAUGACUUGAGCCAAAGGCAGAUGCUUAACUGACUGAGCCACCCAGGCACCUAAGAAAUGUGUUUCUUAAAUAAUAAGACCUGAAAGUUGAAAUGACUCCUUGAUCCAGGGCUGCCAACCGUUCUGUCUGUAGUGUAAUAACAUGAAUCUCCUUCUAUAUCUCCAUUAGAGCUCUUGGGGGACCAGGUGCCUAAGGGCCCUAGGAUUUUCUUUCUUUCUUUUUUUUUUUUUUAAGAUUUUAUUUAUUUAUUUGACAGAGUGACAGCGAGAGCGGGAACACAAGCAGGGGGAGUGGGAGAGGGAGAAGCAGGCUUCCCGCCGAGCAGGGAGCCCGAUGCGGGGCUCGAUCCCAGGACCCUGGGACCAUGACCUGAGCUGAAGGCAGAUGCUUCACGACUGAGCCACCCAGGCGCCCCAGCGCCCUAGGAUUUUCAGAACAAUAAAGGAAGACUGACUUCAACUUAGUCACCGGCUACAUUAGCCCCUAACCAGAGAGUCAGCCUGGCUUUUGAAGCUUUGAAGCCAGGCAUGACUUCUCUCUGGCUAGGAAAGUCCUAGAUGGCAUUUACUUCCAAUAGAAGGCUGUCUCACCUACACUGAAAAUCUGUUGUGUAACUCAGCCACUUUCAUGAAUGAUCUCAGCUGGAUCUUCUGGAGAACUUGCUGCAGCUUCUACACCAGCAUUUGCUGCUUCAUCUUUUACUUCUAUGUGAGGCAGAUGGUUUCUUUCCAUAAACCUCAUGUACCACCCUCUGUUAGCUUCAAACUUUAGUGCACUUCCUCACCUCUCUCGGCCUUCAUUGAACUGAAGAGAGCUCGGAAUUAGGCUUUGGCUUAAGGGAAUGUUGUGGCUGGUUUGACCUUCCAUCCAGACCACUAACCUUUCCCCAUAACGGCAAUAAGGCUAUUUUGCUUUCUUAUCAUUCAUGUGUUCACUGGAGAAGCAUUUUCAUUUUCCUUCAAGAAUUUUCUUUUUACAUUCACGACUUGCUGUUUGACACAAGAGGUGUAGCUUUUAGCCCAUCUUGGCUUUUGACAUGCUUUCUGCUCUAAGCUUAAUAAUCCUUUCUAGCUCUUGAUCUAAAGAGAGAGACAUGCACCUCUUCCUUUCACUUGAACAUUUAGAGGCCAUUUGUAGGGUUUUUAAUUGGCCUAAUUUCAAUAGUGUUGUAUCUCGGGGCACCUGGGUGGCUCAGUUGGUUAAGCGCCUGCUCAGCGGGGAGCCUGCUCCUCCCUUGCCCUCUGCUGCCCGUGCCCCUGCCUGUGCGUGCUCUCUCUCUGACAAAUACAUAAAUAAAGUAUUUUUAAAAAUAGUGUUGUGUCUCAGGGAACAGGGAGGCCUGAAGGGAGGGAGAGAGAUGGGGGAAAGUGGAGCGGCCAGAACACACAUGACAUUUAUUAAGUUCACUGUGUUGUUAUGGGCACAGUCUGUGGCACCCAAAACAAUUACAACAGUAACAUCAAAGAUCCCUGAUCACAGAUCACCUUAACAAAUGUAAAUGAAAAAGUUAGAAAUCUCGUGGAAAUGACCAAAUGUGACCUAGAGACAAAAAGUGAGCAAAUGUUGGAAAGAUGGCUCCAAUCGACCUGCUUGGGGAGGGUUGCCACAGACCUUCAAUUUGUGAAAAAUGAAAUUAUCUGUGAAAUGCAAUAAAGCAAAGCAUAGUUAUAUGAGGUAGGCCUAUAAAUAUAAUAAUAUGUAAUGAAUAUGUAUAUAUGAAAAUGUACUUAAUAUAUAUUAACUAUUUCAAUGUAAAUAUCUAUGUAUGUACACAUGUGUAUUGUUCCAUGUCAAGACCAUCCACUAAGAUAAGGAUAUUAGUGUCCCUAUCCUUCCCUUUUAACUUCCAUUGACCUCACAAAUCAUCUAUCCAUUCACUUAUACAUUGGCAGGAGUGAUAUGUACACAUUUUUUUUUUAAGAUUUUAUUUAUUUGAGAGCAAGCGAGAGAGAGAAUGAGAGAGAGGACAUGAGAGCGGGUAGGGUCAGAGGGAGAAACACUGCCUGCUGAGCAGAGAGCCCGAUGUGGGACUUGAUCCCGGGACUCCAAGAUCAUGACCUGAGCCGAAGGCAGUCACUUAACCAACUGAGCCACCCAGGCGCCUGAUAUGUACACAUUUUUAAAAAAGAUUUUAUUUAUUUGAGAUGGAGUGAAAGAGAGCACAAGUAGGGCAGAGGGACAGGGAGAAGCAGGGAGCGGGGCUCGAUUCCACAACCCUGGGAUCAUAACUCAAGCUGAAAUCGAGAGUCGGACACUUAACCAACUGAGCCACCCAGGCGCCCCAAUACAACUUUUUUUUAUAAGCAGCUUCUGAUUCCAUAGCAUGCAUAGACCUUGUCCAUUCACUUAUCUCCACUGAUGAGCAGUCAUGUUAUUUCAGUUUUUAUGUAACUGUAAACCAAUAAACAUGCUUGUGAAUAAA